ACAGUGCUGUGAGCUGCGGGGCUGAGGAAGCAGCUGUGGCCGGAUCAGCUGAGGCUGAGAUGAGCGACAGAGGAUCGGGGAGUUUGGGCGAUUAGAAGAGAAGAAUGGAGGCGUGAUGCGGGAGAAUGAUCUCUGGAUCCUGUAGCAGGAGCUCUGAGAUUGUCGUCCCAGCAGCCUAGAAGACAGAAACACACACUUCUGUCUCGCAGAGUGUGUGUGACGAGAUGGAGCAAGGCGUGGUGGACAGUCCUGUCAUCCUGGUCAUUAAAGCACCGGAUCAGAAGUAUGAUGACCAGACCAUCAACUGUUUUCUGAACUGGACGGUGGAGAAACUGAAGAGGCACCUUUCCAAGGUUUAUCCGAGCAAACCUCGCUCGAAGGAUCAGAGGCUGGUGUAUUCUGGAAAGCUCCUCCAGGAUCACUGUAAACUCAGAGACGUGCUCAGAAAGCAGGAUGAGUUCCACAUGCUGCACUUGGUUUGUGCUUCACGCAGCCCACCUCCGUCCCCCACCACACACAGAAGAAACAGCAACAAGAAACAGCCCACAAAUACCGACAACUCUGGAAGUCCCGCCCCUGCUGAUAACACCCUGUCUGCUUCUUCAGGAGAAACUCCCAAUAGGCUGACCCAGAAUUCAGGUCCCAUCCAUAAUCACCCAUCUGCACAGGGGUAUGCAUGGAACCAGUGGUUGGCCCAGCAGGGACCCAACGCGAGUAUGCCACACUACCCAAUGUACAACCCCAUGACUCUGCUCUGGUGGCAACAGCUCUACGCCUGGAAUUACCACAUGAACUAUCAAGCCUGGUCCAGCUCACACAGACCACCGCAGCAGCAGCCCACGCCCCCUUCAGUCGACCCUCCAAGAGAGGGACGGGCACCUGUCCGAGACCACCCUCAGGAUGCUCCAGUCGGGGAGGGGCAGAACGAGGAGGAUCUGAACCGUGAUUGGCUGGACUGGGUGUACACAGCGUCCCGAGCUGUGAUUCUCCUCAGCAUAGUGUAUUUCUAUUCGUCCUUCAGUCGUUUCAUCAUGGUGACUGGAGGCAUGCUGCUGCUCUACCUGCAUCAGGCUGGCUGGCUUCCCUUUAACCUGGAGAAUGAGCUCCAGGACCUUGCUGACCCGGCCAAUCACGAUGAGCUGAAUGCAGACAAUCCAAAUGACCCACAAGACAUGGAGAGGCUGGCAGAUGACGGCGAGGAAGACGACGAGCAGCGAGGAGACAUUACUGACGACGAUGCCGAGAGAGGGAUGAACAUGGGCUUUUUAUCUUCUGCCUGGUCUUUCAUCACCACGUUCUUCGCCUCCCUCAUUCCUGAGGGCAUCCCCAACGCAGUGAACUGACCCAGACCACAGCCCCACCUCCAACACGCCCGAUCCGCUCUUCCUCACUUCUACUGUCCUUUAAUACCAAACCGACAAGCACUUCAACAUGAGAAGAGCACGAGAGCUUACCUGGAAUCUGGAGGCAGGUCUGUGUGAAGAGAGGUGCUGAACAAAACAUCCAGUACACGUGCAGUAUUUCAGAGAGAGCUGUGAGUUUGUAUUGUGUGUACACUUUGAAGAAACGUGUGAUGCAGCUGUAGGACUGUUCUUAAACUAUAAACCGCUGGGAUUCCCAAUGCCCCUCGCUGGACUGGAGACUUUUGGGUCCCUUGUAACAUUUUAGUCAUCAUGUAAGCUCAUUUUAAAGGACUAGAUCGGUCAGAAAAUGCUAAUGUUGCUAAGAAUUAGGGGUGGGCGAUAUGACCCAUAAAAUAAUAUCACGAUAUUUCAUGGUAUUUUCGCAAUAACGAUUUUUUUUUAAACUCUCAUUGAGUUAAAAAAAAUAUUUCAAGAAUACACUAUUGUUAAAAGAUUAAAAAAAAUGAAUUGUAUUAUUGCGUACGAUAUGAACUAAGAUAUUAAAAAAUACAAUAUUUUUAUCAGA